AUGCGUAGUGUGGAUUAUGUUAAGAGCGAGCCUAAAGGAAGAAAGGAACAGGGGCACAUCGCUACUUCCAAAGUACGAGUGCUAAUGAAGAUAAUCCAUCGACGGUACGUCGCGUUGCCAAUGUUUGUCUCUGAUCUCCAAGAAAAGCCCUGA